AUGAAUAUUAUAGCACUGUUUUCAAUUGUUCUUAGUCUGAUGGUUAUAACAGAGGGCUGCAUGAAAACAAUCCCACCAGAUGAGGUGUAUAUUUCCAGCACAUUACCCUACGAGGAGACUGAUGUUCCAGAGGAAAUGAUGACGACACUUGCGAUGGAGACAUCAACCGAGACCGAAAAAGUUUGCGAAGAGUCCAUGUGUCCAGCGUGGACCCCGUACAUCGAAGACCCAAUGGAGAUUAUUGAACAAGAUGGCUGCUCUGUUCCAUCAUGCCCUGCAAACAAACUUCCUUUAGGUCAAGCUCUCUACGCUGAGAGUGAGAUCCUAGCUGUAGAUCCAUCACUGGAAGUAUUUCAACUCAACCCUCCGACGUCAUUGGUACAGUAUGAUGGUGCCAGUGUGAUGGACCACUUUGGAAUCAUUUGUGAAGACAAAACGUGGAAGAUCACAAAGUAUCCGAAUGGAAUUAUGGAUUUUACCACGGGAGCAACUCACGGUGCAGAUGGUUCAUUUGACGGGAAGAAGACUAAAGUGGGAAUUAUGGGAUGCACUUGAUUUGACUUGGAUUGCCGACAGGGAGCAAGAUAUUUGAUUCUUAGUUUUCUUUAUUUGAAUAAAAAUUAUAUACUUUUGC